AUGUCAAAUAAGAUGUCGUUACAGGAGCAGUUUGAUCGACAGCAGCAGGAUUAUCAAAGCAGGCUGAGCCAGUUAGUCACGCCCCCUGUGUUAUCAUCAUCUACUCAAUCAACCAUGCCAACAUCCCAAUUGUUGGAGGAACCACAGCCGCAGCAACAAUUGCAGCCGGUGCAUACGAAUCUUCCCACGAGGGUCACCAAAGGACGCUAUUCGAUAAACGAUUUCCAGCUGAUACGGACGCUGGGGACUGGUUCCUUUGGCCGGGUUCAUCUAGUGAGGUCUGUACACAACGGCCGCUUUUAUGCCAUGAAAGUUUUUAGGAAGCGGCAAGUGGUCAAGGCGAAGCAGGUGGAACAUACAAAUGAUGAGAGGAGGAUUUUGUCAGUUUUACAGCACCCUUUCAUCACCCGGAUGUGGGGCACCUUCCAGGAUUGCAAGUCGAUCUUUCUGAUAAUGGACUAUAUAGAGGGCGGGGAGCUAUUUUCUCUCUUGAGAAGAUCACGAACCUUCCCGAAUCAGGUGGCCAAGUUUUAUGCAGCCGAGGUGUUACUGGCGUUGGAGUAUCUGCACUCGAAAAACAUCAUAUAUAGGGACCUCAAGCCUGAGAAUAUCCUCCUUGCCCGGUCUGGCCACAUCAAACUUACGGAUUUCGGGUUUGCAAAGGAGGUAGACUCCAAGACCUACACGCUGUGUGGAACUCCUGAUUAUAUUGCGCCGGAAGUUAUCGCUGUUCAGCCGUACAACAAGGCUGUGGAUUGGUGGUCGUUUGGCAUCCUGAUCUACGAGAUGCUUGCCGGUAUAACGCCCUUUUAUGACUCGUCCCCGAUAAAAACCUACGAAAAUAUCACCAAGUGCGAAAUCUCGUUUCCUGCGCACUUCCAGAAGGAUGCCGUUGAAUUGCUGGGUGGACUGAUCAAGAAAGACGUCACGUUUCGCCUGGGAAACCUCCAAAAUGGAGUCGAGGAUAUCAAGGACCACACUUGGUUCAAGGAGGUUGUAUGGGAGACCCUUCUUUUGGGAAACAUUGAGACGCCUUAUGAGCCCAAUAUCCCCAGUGGAGUUGGUGAUUCUUCUCAGUUUGAGAGGUAUCCAGAAGAGGAUUAUGAUUAUGGAGUCACUGACCUGCAGGAUGAAUUUGGGUAUUUGUUCCCAGACUUCUAG